AUGAACGGCACGUUUUACGAGCAGCUAGGGGGUGUGGCCGGGAUCUUUGAUCAAUGGGGCACAUGCGAGAGGACCGUGAUGGCGUGCACCCUUGCGCGGCGUGUGCCCUGGCCGGGGCUGAAACUCGUGCAGCGGGCUGUGGAGGCAGCGCUGCAGAACCAUGUGGAGGACGAGCGUCUAGAAAGGGACGCAAACGACGAAACGCUGCUUGCCAGCUUACUUGCGCCAAGGACUGACGAAGACGAUGAUGAGGGUGGAGAGAGGCUGCGUCAGUUGUUGACAUUGUUGCCUCUCCUCCGGAGUGACAAUGAUCGUGCCAAGAGCGUAUACGUUGGCGCCGCGCCUUCUCUGGUGCAGCGUUGCGUGGACGCCCCAAGACGCAGUUCUGCAGCGCUAGAGCUGUGUAGACAGCUGCUCUCAUAUCUUCUGGUGCACCCAGCCCUCACACACCAUGAACAGAGGACACUGAUGCAGUGGCUACGCUACUUAGAGAAUCACAUCUCCGGCAACCGGAACACGGAGUCCGUGUGGCAGCAGUGGAUAGACCCGUGCCUGCUGCCGGACACGAACAUAUGGGGCGGGAACGGCGCUUUCAGGCGGACCAUCGGCAAGAACGUGGAGUUCCGUGGCAUCCUGGACUCCAACGAGCUGGCGCCGUUCUGCGAGCUGCUGCAGGAGUCGUUCUCGAAGAACGGCCGCGACGUGGACAUCAGCGCCGAGGGCGAGGUGGCCUUCGAGGCCGCCGUCGCCCAGCCCAAGGCGCAGCGCUCCAACAGCCUCACCCCGCCCACGAGCAGUUUGGUCCACAUGUCCUCCUCGGCGGAGAACCUGAGCGACGAGCCGUUCCAGAAGCCGCGCAGCUUCUCGCUGUCCAGCGAGCACAGCCUGGCGCAGCUGCGGCCGAUGGGCGGCGCCUACGGCACCACCGGCAGCGAGACCCGCCUCGACGAGCUGCGCUCCAACACCUACGCGGACCACCCCGGCAUGUCCACGGUGGCCCAGUGGCUCAAGGGCCUGCGGCUGCACAAGUACGUGUGGCUGUUCACCAACAUCAGCUACGAGCAGAUGCUGGCCAUGGACGAGGAGUACCUCGAGAAGCUGGGCGUGACGAAGGGCGCCCGCCACAAGAUCCUGGUGUCCAUCCGCAAGCUGGGCGAGCGCGGCGCCGUGCUGGAGCUGGUGCGCGCCGAGCUGGCGGCCGGCGGGCUGGCGCAAGCCCUCGAGCGGCUGCGCGCGCUGCUGGCCAGCCCCAUGCCGCCCGGCUCCGACCUGCCGCCCGCCAUCGUGGCCGCGCUGCAGCUAGCGUCCAAGUGCAUGAGCGGGACGGAGGAGAGCGGCGGGGCGGCGGCGGCGGGGGCACCGGCCCCGGCGGAGGGCGAGCCCGACCACAUCGACCCCAUGUCGCUGCACUGCUGGCUCGUGGAGAAGGCGCUGCACCACGAGGCGUUCGCGCGCAGCGAGCUGCAGAGGGCGCUGAGGGCGCUCCGCCACCGGCUGCCGCCGAGGCAGUUCUUCCGCCACGUGGGCGAGCUGCCCUUGCACGCUCACCGCCACAAGCCCAGAUGGUGCCCCCGCGCGGCGCCGCGUCGCAGCUGGGCGCCGCCGCCGCCGCGCGGCAAGUCGCACUCGUACCCGCCCUUCCCCGCGGCGCUGUGGCCGCCCGCCGCCCGCGCGCCCCGCCCCCGCCCCCACCCCAACCCGCACCCGCGCAGCCCCCCCGACGACUACUCGGGCCUGGACGCGCUCUGCCUGCAGAUGACCGAGCAGGCCAUCAAC